AAAUACCCUCAUACUUUCUUUUCUUUACCCAAUUACUCCACUUUCUAAACUACCUUUUUCCUUUUCCUUCCUUCCUUCCUUCAUCACCCACCAUCCACAAAACUCAACAAUUGCAGAAAAAAUCAGGAUAAUUCGAAUCGAGAAGCACGAUUUUGAGGAGCAAAAAUGGUGGACUGUGUGAAAAAAAUGGGGUUUGAGGAGACGGAGCUCAGGCUCGGAUUGCCGAAUGCUAAUUACGGGAAGCGAGGGUUUUCUGAAACUGUGGAUUUGAAGCUCAACCUUUCGUCGGCGGAGAUUGGAUUGGAUUCUGCGAUUGAUUUGAAAGAGAACAAUUUUAACAAGGAGAAGAAUCUCUUGCCUUCUUCUUCCCCUACUGAUUCUGUUAAGCCACCUGCCAAGGCACAAGUUGUUGGUUGGCCGCCGGUCCGGUCCUUCCGGAAAAAUGUUAUGGCGGUUCAGAAGAGGACCGACUCGGAUGAGGCUGAGAAGGGAACCGGCGGCGCCGCCUUUGUGAAGGUCAGCAUGGACGGUGCGCCGUACCUGCGCAAAGUGGACUUGAAGAUGUACAAGACUUACAAAGAACUCUCCGAUGCCUUGGGCAAAAUGUUCAGUUCCUUCACUAUAGGUAAAUGUGACUCACAAGGGAUGAUGGACUUCAUGAGUGAGAGCAAGCUGAUGGACCUUCUAAACAGCUCCGAUUACGUGCCGACUUACGAAGACAAAGAUGGAGACUGGAUGCUCGUCGGCGAUGUCCCUUGGGAGAUGUUUGUUGGAUCUUGCAAGCGCCUUCGCAUAAUGAAAGGAACAGAGGCAAAGGGACUCGCACCUAAAGCCAUGGAUAAAUGCAAGACCAGAAGCUAAGGACACAUUUAAGAAGUUAAAAUGUUCAACCACGACCUGCUCCUUUGAUCUUAGUAGUGGGCCCCCCACCGGGCGACAAAAGCACGAGAUGAAUCGAGCAGGAUGCUGGAUUGUGUCUGUACUAUUUGUUAUAUGGUUUGGUGUCUCUGUAAUAAUAAUAAUAAUAAGUAAUAAGUAAUUUGUCGACAAUUUGUUUUUUCAAGUAUCAUUUGUUACUAUUAGUUUUUUGUUGUUGUUGUUGUUGUUGUUGCCUUUGAUCAUCAGACGUUGAUUUAUCGGUGUAGUUUGUUCAGCAAGAAUCUUUAAUAAUGUUCGUCAACCGAUGUCGUGAUAAGAUACCUAUUGACUUGUAUAUUAAAAGUAUCUCUAGAUGUUUUGUGUAUUGUGUUUCGGUUAUGGAACAACAGCAACAACUUGCCCAUUCAAU